AUGUGUAGUAUAGAGAACGCGUGCUUAAGUUUUAGGCUAAAUAUGUUACACUUCUAUUCUAGUACCUCUUUAGCCCUAGAUAUCUGUAUACCUCUCUUACCUAGAAGGCCUAUUUUCUACCUAAACGCGCGCUCUAGUAAACGCUACAGUUGCACGAAAAUAGUAGAGACGCCUCUAAGCAGCUCUACGACUACUACCUCUAUAGUAACUAAUACGCUACCGUUUAUAGGCUGUUAUAGCAGGCUAUUCUUAGACGCACGCGAGCGACCUUUUAGGUUUUUAGGGUUAGGGUUAGGGUUAGGGUUAGGGUUAGGGUUAGGGUUAGGGUUAGGGUUAGGGUUAGGGUUAGGGUUAGGGUUAGGGUUAGG